AUGCGCCCCAAGCUCAAGCCGCCCCUGCUGCUGCUGCAGCAGCAGCAGCAGCAGCAGCGGCGGCAGCGCCUGUUGCUGCUGAAGCUGCUGCUGCUGCCCCUGUGCUUGCUGCCCCUGCUGCUGCCUCAGCCGGUUGCUUGUGUCUCGCUGCAGCAGCAGCAGCAGCAGCAGCAGCAGCCUUGUCUCCGUGUCCGAGGCGUCUCCUCGCGCUGCUUCCUGCUGUCUCCCCUGCCUCCCUCGUUUAGGGCCCCAGCAGCAGCAGCAGCAGCAACAGCAGCAGCAGCAGCAGCAGCCAACGGGGGCCUCUCGAGGGCCCCCGGUGCAUGCAGGGGGCCCCCCUGGGGCCCCCUGGGGCCCCCCGAAGCUAUAGGGGGCCCCCACAACCUCUGCACUGUGGCAAGGUGCAGCAGAAAGCCUUUCCGCAGCGCAGCAGCAGCAGCAGCAACAGCAGCAGGAGCAGCAGCAGCAGCAGGGGCCCCCCCAGCCGCGGGGCAGGAGGGGGCUGCAUUCGGCGGGGCUGGAGAGGGAGAGACGCAGCAGCAGCCACCUGCUGCUGCUGCUGCUGCUGCUGCUGCUGCGUCAGCAGCAAAAGCUAAACCAGCUCCCUUCUCUGGAAGCACCCAGGAUGCUCCCAGGAAGGCGCAGCAGCGCAGCAGCCCGAGCCCACAAUCUCUACAGCAGCAGCAGCAGCAGCAGCAGCAGAAGCAAGUGCAGCAGCAGCAGCAGCAAGUGCAGCAGCAGCAGCAGCAGAAGCAAGUGCAGCAGCAGCAGCAGCAGCAACACCCAGUGGCUCCAGGGAGGAGACCAGAAGCGAAGCAGCAGCUCAAGCAGCGCCAGCAGCAAAAGCAGCAGCCGUGGCAGCAGCAGCAGCCGUGGCAGCAGCAGCAGCAGCAGCAGCCGUGGCAGCAGCAGCAGCAGCCAGGCAAGCUGCUGCAGCAGCGGCAGCAGCAGCGACGACAGCCGCUGCAGCAGGCAGCCCUUCAGCAGCAGCAGCAAGCUCGCCAGGUGCAGAGACACCAGCAGCACCAGCAGCUGCAGCACCAGCAACUCGAGCAACAGCAGCAGCAGCAGCAGCAGCAGCAGCAGCUAGUUGAGGACAGCCUGGAAUUGGUGUCUUGGCUCCGGGACACAAAACACCCUCUUGAAGCCAACGCGCAGCGCUAG